CGCACACCGACUGGUCAGCACCACACAUCCACGCCGAGGAUCUUCACAGAGCCGACGACUGGUAGGUGGAAGGAGGCCCAUGUCGGGCCUGAAUUAAGCAAAAUCCCUAAUUUUUUCCUCUGAAAAUCCCUAUCUCCUGAUUCCCCACCAUCGGAAACCUCGGUACCACUCGUUCUGGAUGAUUUGAUUCUCAAAUGUCAUCCCGUUCUACCUCUUCUUCGUCUUCCUCCGGCGACGACACUGCCGACCGGAAUUCCAAUCCCACACCCAUCGAACAACAUUUCGAAUCUCUGUCGUUGGCUGAACCUGUUGUAUUGGCGAGUAAUCAUCAGGAAACUGAGAAUGAGAUCACCAAUGGCACAUUGAAUCAAGAGACCAACGACGACGACAGCCGCCAAAUUGUGAGUCGGGAAGGUGAUGCUGAGGAGGUUGCGGGUAGCGUGGAGCAAGGAGGAGUUGAUAGUGGGGGAGUGGUGUGGGAGAGGGAGAAUUCGGAGGUGGAAAUGGAAGAAGGACUGCCGAGUCCCAGCAGCAGUGGAUACGCUGGUGAGAGGGGGAGUAGCAGUGCCACAAGCGCGUCCAGAAUGGACGAGAUGAGUGAUGUUUCUGGUGAGAUACAGGAAGUGAGGAAUGAUGGUUCCCUUGGUGGAGUGUCAGAUUUCCAGGGAUCGUGGAUCCCCGGAAAACGGCAUGUUGAUGAGCUAUGGAAAUGCUCAUGGGGUUUGGAAUGUGGCAUCGUCAUGACCUGAUAGUAGUAUCAGUAUAUAUCUUUUCAAGCUGCAGUUUGUGGAUAUAGAAUAACUUGGUUGUUAAGGGAUAAUGGAAGAACCUGAUGUUUGAACAAUUAUACUGUUUUAAUGUGAUUUUGAUAUGAUCACGGGGCCAUGUAUUUGGCU